AUGGCUUAUUUAACAAUUCCUAAAAAAUUAAUUAUUGAAAGUCCUUUGAUAUAUAUAUUUUCAUGGAGGUAAUUGAUUCAUAAAUAUAGUAUUCUUGUAGUUGAGUCGUUUUAGAUAAAUUUGUCACCAAAUACAGCAAAACGAUUUCCUGUUAAUAUUUUAUUAUUUACAUUUGGUAGUUUCGGACGAGUGUUUGUUUAUUUAUUUAUUAGUGAAUACUUCGAUAUUUCUAAAUUUUUACUUUUGAAUUUGAUGACUAUUUCAUUAAUUAUGUAUAUUAGAUUUAAAGUUCUGCAGUAAUCAUAUCAUACAUAUAUGGAAAUAAAUUAAAUGAAGAAUCCAUUCUAAUUGAAUGAAGAAUUUAUGACUGAACCAUAAGUGGAUAAAGAUUGGGAUUUAUUAAUGAGUAGAUAAGAAGAAGAUUUAAAAUAGUUAGAUAAAGAUAGUUAAGAAUAAGAAGAAGAAGUAAGUGAAAAUAGUAUUUAAAAAGAAUAAGAUUAAGUCAUUUAGAAAAGUGAAAUUACUAAUAAAAAUUUACCUAUUCUUAAUGAAUUGAAAUAAGAGAAUUAACCUACAAAUAACGAAAUUAUUAAUAUAAACAACAUAUUGGAUUUUAAAGUAUUCUAUUAUAAUUAUAUGAUUGCAAUUAUUGUUCCUUGUUUUAUUUGGGCAUUUUUUAACUUUCCUAUUAAAUAAUUGAUUUCAGUACUCAUUUUUAAUAUGCUUUAUCUUACAUUUAUUUGGAUACAUUGUAAGACUUACAAUUCAGAAAGAAGAAUUUUUGUUUUAAUUUACAAUAUGGAAAAUGCUUAUUUAUUAUUAACUUCUUAUUUUGAUGCAGACUUUUUGUGUCCAUGGUGGCUCAUUUAUGAAUUAAUUAAAAUGGGAGAUAAGAAUAAUUAAAAAAAAAUGAGACUCUCCUCUUAUUGA